AUGAACUAGCCUGCAGAGCAACUGCCAAUUUGCAGUUGAGAAGAGACAGUGAGAGACAGAGAAAAUAUAUAUGCUGGAGCUGAGAGCAAACUACCAUCUAUCUAAGCAAUCAUUAGAACCCUGCACGUGUGUAGGAAUAAGGAAGGACUUAUUUCAGAGAAUUGCUGGAUUUUUUUCUCUUUUUUUAUCUGCAGUAGAAAUUCAGACUUUCUUUCUUUUCUUUUCUUUUUUUUUUUUUUAAUAAUCCUGGCUGCUGUUUAAAGAAAAAGAGCUGAAUUACUGUCUUCGCCUUAAAGCCAAGAAUAAAAAAAUAAAAAUACUAAACCUACAUUAAGGUAUUUUUACUGAUUAAGGAGAUGUAUUUGUCAUAUUCAUUGCUUGAAAUAUAAAUAUUACUCAGAAGAAAGCUGGUGAAAGAGGCCAUUAAUAGUGGAUUAUUCCUCAAAGCCUAUACAUUCACCUGGAUACUGAGAGUCACUGAGGAGAAGAAGAUGAUCUGGUGAUCAGCGCGAGGAUGUCAUUGUGCCACCAUUUGGCUGAUGAGCUCAGGAUUUAUUGAUGAUUGUUUCUGUGUGUGAUCUUUCACUGCGAAUCACUGCAUACACUGAUGGGUCUCUAUGCUGACAGAUGUGGGCUGAGAUGCUGCCCUGAUACUUCAGACUUUACAGGCUUCAUAGCUCAGUGAGUUUUAAUUACACUUUAUGGACUUCUGAGCAAGUCGAUAGGAGAGAAUUUGUUUUCAACCCAUCCUUUUAUGCGGAGAAAGACCUGGUGGGAUUAAUUUAUGCUUUAUCUCAACCCUUUUGUCUUGGCCAGUCUGUAUCUACACUGAAGGAGCUAUUCUUUCCACUUGUUUUGUCCUGUUAAGCAUCUUUGAAAGAUACCUGGAGUGCUUUCCAGCUCAGCUUUCUAACUCCUGAAGGAUAUAUUUCCCAGAACAUAAUGAGGUGUUGGGUAUGGCUGUUAGUGGCCAUAGUUCUGUGCCAGCAGCUUUCUGUCGUUCGAGUCCUGGCAGCUAAAAAGGAACGCAAGAAAGGAAAAGACCCUCAUCAGUUCACUGAACCCUUUAAUGUCUCCUUGUCCAACAGUGAGGAGUUACAUGAAACGGACAAGCGUGGACUGUUUGGACCACCAGGACCACCGGGACCCCAAGGACCACCUGGUCCUCCAGGAAUGCCUGGAGCUGAGGUUACAUAUGAAGUCUUGCUACAGGAUUUCAAACAAAUGCUGAAAGAGGCCACAGAGCGCCGCUUGAUGUCAGGUGACAUCCCAGAACACACCAGCGAGCUGCCUCCCAUUGUGUUACCUGUUGAGGACCUUUCUCCUUACCGACGGGUAGAUGAAGGUUUCCAUUGCAGACUGAAGGGACAAGUCAUUGUGGACAAGAAGACUUUGGUCGAGCUCCAGAACUUUCAAAUGCCAACAGCGAAGGGGUCAUUCCUAAGAGGAUCUGGACUGAAUUUAGCGACAGGACGCUUCACAGCUUCAGUCCCCGGGAUUUACCAAUUCUCAGCCCAUGUUCAUAUUGAUCACAGUGAGAUCAAGAGUAAAGCGCAAUUGCGCCCUCGUGACAACGUGCGGGUGUUAAUAUGCAUUGAGUCUAUGUGCCAUCGAUAUACGUCGCUGGAAGUCAUUGCUGGUUUGGAAAGCAACAGUAAGAUAUUCACUGUUCACGUGCAAGGGUUGUUACAGUUGCAGGUUGGCCAAUACACCUCUAUAUUUGUGGACAACAGUGCUGGAGCUCCAAUCACUGUACAAAAUGGGUCUGAUUUUAUGGGCAUUCUUAUGGGUCUUUAAGCAAACCCCGAGAACUGCAGAAAGCUUCUCUUUGACUCCAAACCAGCGACAUUCCGACUAACACAUUCAGACACCUGCAAAGAAUAACAAUUUCAUGUGGUCCAGUCAAGAUCUGCUCCAGAUUAUAUGCUUGGCAAUUACAGCAUGAGGGACAGAAAUGAUGUAGGACUUUUUCCCUGCUGCUGCUGCUUAUAGACCUUCUACAUCCAGAGAAAACAUAUUUCAAAGAUAAUGCUUUGCAAGUUCCUUUACCAGUGAAGGAGUUAAUAUAUAUCUUCUGGACACUGUAAAAAUAUAGUUUUAAGUAGAGGAACCCGCCCCCCUUUUUAUUUGUUGCUAUCGGUUGAGUCCUGGACUAGGAUGGAGAGCUCAAAAAGUGCUUUUAUUUUAAGACUAUGCUGACUCUGUGCUGAAUCAACUACUACGGACAUGGUUUUUAAGGGGAACUUUUCGGUGUGGUUCCUGGAUUGAUCAGUAAGGAACUGAAGAAAAAGAAUGGUUGUUCUUGUGACACUAUUAUUCCACAGAUUGUUAACUCUUCGAAGCAUUGAGCCCUGUAUUGUUUUUAUAUUAUAAAGUGCUGCAUACAAUGGCUGUAUGUUAAUAAACAGUACUUUCACAUUAAUUCAACUUUAA